CUCCUCUGCUUACAUACUAGUUCAGCAGCAACUCCACUCAAUUGUAUGCAUUGAUCCAUGGCUAGAUACAUUAAUAUUGUACUUUUGGGAAUAGUGUUGGUAGUGGUGAGAUUGAAAGGUGCAGAGGCACAGCGGGCGUUCUUUGUGUUUGGGGAUUCUCUUGUGGAUAAUGGGAACAACAACUUUUUGGCAACUACAGCUCGAGCAGAUGCUCCUCCUUAUGGCAUUGAUUACCCAACCGGAAGACCCACUGGCCGGUUCUCUAAUGGCUACAACAUUCCUGACUUCAUUAGUCAAUCACUUGGGGCCGAAUCCACAUUGCCUUAUUUAGAUCCCGAGCUCGACGGGGAAAGAUUGCUUGUUGGUGCCAACUUUGCUUCUGCUGGUAUUGGAAUUCUCAAUGACACUGGAAUCCAAUUUGUAAACAUAAUCAGAAUAUACAGACAGUUGGAGUACUGGGAAGAAUACCAACAAAGGGUGAGUGGUCUCAUAGGACCUGAGCAGACUGAGCGCUUAAUAAAUGGAGCAUUGGUCCUCAUCACUCUUGGAGGCAACGACUUUGUCAAUAACUAUUACUUGGUCCCUUACUCUGCAAGAUCACGCCAAUACAAUUUACCAGAUUACGUCAAGUAUAUUAUCUCUGAGUACAAGAAAGUUCUAAGGAGGCUAUACGAAAUUGGAGCACGUAGGGUGCUGGUGACGGGAACUGGUCCAUUGGGUUGUGUUCCAGCGGAAUUGGCCCAGCGAAGCACCAACGGUGACUGCUCAGCUGAGCUGCAGCGAGCCGCAGCCUUGUUCAACCCUCAACUUGUUCAGAUUAUCCAACAACUCAACAGCGAAAUUGGUUCCAAUGUCUUCGUUGGAGUCAACACGCAACAGAUGCACAUCGACUUCAUCAGUAAUCCUCAACGAUAUGGAUUUGUUACAUCAAAAGUAGCAUGUUGCGGUCAAGGACCCUACAAUGGUCUUGGACUGUGCACUCCGGCAUCCAACUUGUGCCCUAACCGUGAUAUUUAUGCCUUUUGGGAUCCUUUUCAUCCAUCAGAAAGGGCUAAUAGGUUAAUCGUUCAACAGAUUUUGUCAGGCACCUCAGAGUAUAUGUAUCCAAUGAAUCUUAGCACCAUUAUGGCUUUGGAUUCCAAGAACUAGAUCAAUCAAUCAAGGGUCUCUGUCCAUCAUUUUAUUACCGCACCUCUUUUGUGUCUCACAAUUAUAUAUAGUCUACCUGUUAAUUUGUCAUAUAUUUAUAUAUAUAUAUAUAUAUGUGUGUGUUCAAAUUUGGUGUCAUAUAAUAUAUAGUAAUUAUCUCCAAUGUGUCAGUGAAUAGUAUAUAUAUUAUAAUGUUGGAGUGGAUGGAUGAUGGUAAGUACCGUCCUCCUUCUCCUUCUCUUGGGCAGUACAGAAGAAAGACUGCAUGUAUAAUAAUUGAGUGAAUUUUUAUCUUCAUUACUA